AUGGCAUCCGAGAAAAAAGGAUUUUCAAUUGGAAGAAUAAAUCAUUUUUCUGCCAAUAACGUAGAAGACUCCUAUCUUCGAAUGCUUCUUACUUUUCAAAAGGGUUGUACGAGUUAUGAUGACAUAAGAACAAUAAAUGGCGUGUUUUUUCCUACAUUUAAGGAUGCCUACUAUUCUCUUGGACUCUUGGAUGAUGACAAUGAGUAUAUUGAUGCAAUUAAAGAGGAAUUUAUUUCUGAUGAUGUUCUCUAUCAGCAUAGGAAAAGAAUAGGAUGUCCAGAGUCUAUUAAGAAUAUAACACUUUCUGAAAUUGAUAAGGUUCAGCAGAGCAAUGGCAAACGCCUCUAUGACUACCCAUCAAUGCCUCACAUCAUUACUGAAUCUUUGCAUGAUAUCCAAAAUCAAUUGGUGCUUGAUGAAUUACUGUAUGACAAAUUUUUUUUGGAAGAAGAGCAUAGAAGACUAAUGAAUUCCCUCACUAAUGAGCAGAAAAUUGUUUAUGACAAGAUCAUUUCAGCAGUUUCGACAGGAAAAACAUUUAUUUGGAAUACUCUAUCAGCAUCAAUUAGAUCAAAAGGUGAAAUUGUGCUUAAUGUUGCUUUUAGCGGAAUUGCUUCUCUUCUUCUUCCUGGAGGAAGAAUCGCACAUUCUAGAUUUCGUAUUCCUGUUCAGAUCACAGAGGAUUCAACAUGUAAUAUAAAGCAGGAUUCUACUCUUGCAGAGUUGCUUUGUACUGAUAAGCCUUUUGGUGGUAAAGUCGUUGUUCUGGGAGGUGACUUUCGACAAAUAUUGCCUGUUAUUCCUCAUGGCAGCAGACAAGAGAUUGUUCAUGCAACCAUUAAUUCUUCUUAUCUUUGGCCUCAUUGUCAUUUAUUAACUUUGACCAAAAACAUGCGUCUUAGUUCUAGCAAUUCUGCUCAAAAUAUGAUGGAAAUAAAAGAAUUUUCUGAGUGGCUUCUUAAAGUAGGAGAUGGUGUUCUUGGAGACGAUUCUGAUGGAGAAUCUAUUAUAACAAUUCCAGCCGAAUUAUUGAUUAAAAAAUCAAAUGAUCCACUUUCUGAUAUGGUUAAUUUUGUGUACCCGGAUAUCUUGGACCAUAUAUUAGAUCCUCCAUUCUUCAAAGAGCGUGCCAUUCUAACUCCUAAAUUGACAGAUGUUGCUAUGUUAAAUGAGCAAUUGAUGUCUUUGAUUCCAGGAGAGGAAAAAAUGUAUUUGAGUUCAGAUAAAGUCUUGAAACAAGAUGGUAAUUCUUCACUGGAGGAUGAAGAAUUCUCACCUGAUAUCCUAAAUACUUUCACAUGUUCGGGACUUCCUGGUCAUAAGUUGAUUUUGAAGGUUAAAAUUCCAAUUAUGCUAUUAAGCAAUAUUGAUCAGUCAAGAGGUUUAUGCAAUGGAACAUGA